AUGACCAUAAAGAUGGAAGAGGUCAAAUCUACAAUUGGCGAUUCUCCAGAGAUAAAUAGGGUUGACAAUAUGACUGAUCAUCUCUUGUCGAAACAAUGGGAGUUUCUUUGGAUGUGGUUGCCUAAACUCGAGUACAGUAUUAGAUGUUAUUCAGAGUCUGAAAGCAAGAGGUUACAGUGUUUUCUCAACAGAAAUCUGCCAUUACAUAGAGCUCCCGUUAUAGAAAGCUUUCGUCUCAGCUUCUUUUGUUCACAUCUUAAACCAGAAGAUAUAAAACUUUGGGUUCUAUCUACACUUUCUCGCUUACGUAGGCUAGAGAUUACUUGUUCUUCUUAUCUUGAUAUGGCGGACAUUUUGCCUAGUAGCUUGUAUACCUGCAAACCACUCGUGACUUUGAAACUCAAAGGAAAGAUUCUCGUGGAUGUUCCUCGUAUGGUUUGUCUUCCUUCUCUGAAAACUUUGCGACUUGAAGAUGUGACGUACUUCAAUGGAGAUUCUCUUCGACGGCUUCUUUCUAUUUGCCCUGUUCUUGAGAAUCUAAUGGUAGAUGGAAGUGUAGGUGACAAUAUGGGGAAGCUCACUUUGCGUACACUAGUGAUCUAUAUACCUAGUGAUUUAGAUGAGUUUGUGAUAAAUACUCCUUCUUUGAAGUACUUGAAACUUGAUUAUUUCAACUCUACGAGUCACUACUGUUUGAUUGAGAGUAUGCCUAAGCUAAAGAAAGCAUAUAUAGAUGUUGCCUUUCCUUACAUGGAGAGGCUCAUCGGAUCAAUCACAUCUGUCAAGCAUCUCACGUUAUGCCUAGUAGAAGAUGAUCCAAUGGAGCAGCAUGUGUUCGGUGAUGGUUUUGUCUUCAACAAGCUUGUACAUCUGAGACUAUGUACAUGCGACGAAUAUUCGUAUGUAUCGCAAGCUUGUACAUCUGAGACUAUGUACAUGGUUUUGUCUUCAACAAGCUCAAAGAUUCGCCUAACUUACGAAAACUAG